CGGACUUCUAAUCUAUUGCAUAAAGCUAUCUACCUAACUAUUAUUUUACUUUAGUGCUAGCCAUUUUACCGGUAUGUAUGAGCCCUAAUGGUUACUUGAGCAUUGUCGAGCAAUAACCUUUCACUGAUAAACAUGGACGACGAAUUAGAGCUAAACAUCUCAAUACCUGCACCAUCACAGCCUCGAAAAGCAGCUGCUCCAGCUCGGAAAGACGGCGGCGCAAAGCAGAAUGGCGAUAGCGGCAAGGCCCCCGCGAAGCCACAACCUAGACCACAGGCGAACGCCAAAACUAAUAACGGCAAAGUUGCACCAGCACAGCAGAACGGCGGUGUGAAGCCGGCUGACCGUCGGCAGCAGCAUGCGAAGCAGAAUGCCGGUGCACCAGCCAAGCAGCCCCAGCAGGCAAAGCCAGCCUCCCGAGGUCCCACGCAAGCCACGCCUAAAGGCCGAAGGGACCGCCCCAAGCAGCAGCCUGGAAAGGAACGCUUCAAGCGAGCAGCUGGCGGUCGCAGCAUGGAUCCGGAUGACCCAGAUGAGCUGCUUCGCGCGGACGACGACGACGAGGCAGAUGACGUGGCAGCUGUCAUGGGCCUCAUGGCGCAGCGGGAGGCGGUGCUUCGGGAGGAGGAGCAGCAGGCGGCAGGAAGAGGCGGGAAGGGCAAGAUGCGGGCGCCGGCAGCGGAGCUCGAGGGGGUUGUGGACUUCGGGGACGAUGAUGACGAGGGCGGCGGAGGCCGCAAGCGCCGCCGCCUCAACGCGCCGGGCGGUGGCGGCCCAGGCGGCUCCAACGCCAACAGCGGCGGCAUUAAGGCCUCGGGUCGCGGCAACUUCACCCCCGGCAGCCUCAUCCAUGCAGCUCCCGCCGCCGCCACUGCAGCAGCAACAGCUGACGGCGCCGCCGCUGACGGCUCCAAAAAGGCCAAAUCCAAAACUGGCGCUGAAGGCGCCGCCACCGAUGCUGACGGCACGGACGGCGGCAGCACCGCCGCCUGGACGUCCCUGGGUCUGGCUCCCUCGCUGUCGCAGCAGCUGCAGACGCUGGGUUUCGCCGCGCCCACACCCAUCCAGCGCGCCGUGGUGCCGGUGCUGCUGUCGGGUCGGGAUGCGCUGGUGCGGGCGCAGACGGGCAGCGGCAAGACGCUGAGCUACCUGCUGCCUGUCAUACACGACCUGCAGGCCCAGCAGCCGCGCAUCAGCCGCGGCGAGGGCACCUACGCCAUCCUGCUGGCCCCCACUCGCGAGCUGUGCCUGCAGGUGCACGACGUGGCCUCCGGGCUGCUGCGGCGCUACCACUGGCUGGUGGCGGGGCUGCUGAUGGGCGGGGAGAACCGGGCGCAUGAGAAGGCGCGGCUGCGCAAGGGCGUGAGCGUGCUGGCGGCCAGUCCGGGGCGGCUGCUGGACCACCUGCAGAGCACAGCGGCGUUCAGGACAUCUGAGUUGCGCUGGCUGGUGUUAGACGAGGCGGACCGGCUGCUGGACCUGGGCUUCGAGGCCAAGCUGCGGCAGAUCACGGAGCUGCUGAACAGCAGGGCGGCGGCAGGGGGCGGCCAGGGGGGAGGAGGGGAGGAGCAGGACGGGGAGGAGGAGGGUGCAGAGGAGGAGGUGGAGCAGGCGGACAAGAAGGCCAAGGGGAAAGGAAAGGGGAGAAAGGGGCAAACCGGCAGCAACAGCGCCUCCGCCCCGCCGCCCACCACCUCCCCCUCCGAGCGGCGGCGCACGGUGCUCGUGAGUGCCACCCUGCACCGGCAGCUGGGGGCGCUGGCGGAGUUGGCGUUACGAGACCCCGCUGUGGUGGGCUUCGAGCGGCAGGGUGGCGGCGGCGAGCUGCUUCCCUCCACCACAACCCUGGCAGCAGCCACCGCCAAUGCAGCAGCUGCAGGCGGCCCCGCUGAGGACCCACUCUCCAGCUUCAGCCUGCCCGCCUCGCUGCGUCAGACCUGGCUGGAGGUGCCGGCCAAGGAGCGGCUGGUGGCGCUGGCGGCGCUGCUGCGUAACCGCACCGCCCGGCGGCGGGUGGGCGGCACCAAGGUGGUGGUGUUCCUGUCCUCCUGCGUAGGAGUAGAGUUCCACCACCACCUGCUGGGGGAGCUGUGGAGCGGGGCGGCGGGGGCGCCGCUGCUGCCGGCGGGGUGUCGGCUGCUGAAGCUGCAUGGUGACAUGCCGCAGGCGCAGCGCACGGAGACGUUUGCGGGGUUCGCGAAGGAGGGCGACGGUGUGCUGCUGUGCACGGAUGUGGCGGCCCGCGGCCUGGACUUCCCCAACGUCUCCACCAUCAUUCAGUACGAUGUGCCCGGAGCGCCGGCGGAGUACGUCCACCGAGUGGGUCGCUCCGCCCGCAUGGGCGCCGCGGGGGAGGCGGUGCUGCUGCUGAUGCCGCACGAGGUGCCGUACGUCUCACUGCUGCGCUCCCGGGGCGUCAUGCUGGAGCAGGAACACCUGGACAAACUAGCCAGGUGGCUGCCCACGCCACCGCCGGAGGCAGCAGGCGAGGGCGGCAUGAAGCGGCGCCUGAAGGGUGGCGCCAGUGACAGCGGCGGCGCUUGUGCUGCCCGUCAGCUGGCUCAGCACUUCCACCGUCACCUCUCGGUGGCCGUAUCUCGCGACCCGCAUGCUGCCAAGCUGGCCACGGACGCGUUUCGCUCCUACGUGCGUGCCUACGCGACGCACAGCGGCGACGUCAAGCGCUGGUUUGCAGUUCGCAACCUGCAUCUGGGUCACGUGGCGCACGCGUUCUGUCUGCGGGAGACGCCCACCGCGAUGGGGAGCUCGGGAGCGGUGGCGGAUCGGAAGCGACGGAAGCGCGAGGCGGUGGCGGCGCAGGAGCAGGAGCGGUAUAAGAAGAUGAAGCGGGCGGCGAAGCGGAUUGCGGGCUGAGGGUUGUUUGUGGAAGGAAGGGGGUGGUAUGGAGAUGGGCUGGGGAUAGAAGGUUCAUGUUACCGUACGUAGUGGGAUGGUGGUAUGGCAUUGAACAGGGUGGGGGAUACGUUGGUGUCCCCAGGACGUGAGAGCUGGCGCCGCGAUGCGAUGAAACGUGGUGUACGGAGGGGCCGGAGGUGCGAGUCAAAGAUGCUUCCCAGCCUCUGGCUGCUUGAUGGGGUCGGUGGUAAGGACUAUCGACGGUAAAUACCAUCCUACGUUGACGAGGAGGUUGGGCGCACGAUGCGGUGAGGGAGGCGGUCUUCACAGCGUUCACAGCGCGGGAGAAGCGGCUCCAAAGGUGUGGGGGGGGAGUUGUAUCAGCAACUGCAAGUGCAGGCCAACAACAUGCAUGAUGGCGGCGGCCAGAUCGGUCCUGUCCUUGUUUCGUGCUUGCCUGGGGCUUGGUGCUGGGUUCACGGCUCCAGACUGGAUUUGGAGGAGACAAGAUAUCACGUUCGGGUGUGUGCGGGUUCACGGCGGCUGGCGCCCCAAGCAGCUUAACAGAUGUGGUGGCGGGUGUUACUUAACCUAACCUAGCUGCUGUGGACAGCCCCAAGGGUGUGUGCAUCUCUCGUUGCAUGAGUCCCAACACUGCGCAUGUACGGCAUCAUGUGGUGCGGCCGUGUUGGAUCUUGGAUGCGAGGUAUCGUACUGUACCGGUACAUUCAGCAGGCGCUUAUUCCUCGUUGCCAACUCAACAACCACGACUGUUUAUGCAACUGCUGCAACGAACGCAAACCACGCAUGUACACCCGAGGCAUGCAGUCACCCUCCC